AAUUUUGUCAUUCAAAGUCACAAAUAUGGCUCUACCCAGCAAGUCCGGUGCCAAUAAGGGCACCAGCAAGUCUUCUAAAUCUUUCAAAUCUGGCGGCGCAUCCAAAGGUGCGAAGAAGACGGGGCCCAAGCCGGCCGCAACACAGCACAAGCCCAAGCCAAAUCUGCUUAACGAUAAGAAAAAGACUCUCGGCAAGCGCAAACCGCCACACUUGCGGUACACAGAGGCCGAAUUAAAGGUUCCACAGCUCAAUGGAAUCAGACCUGCCGGUGUCCAAAAGCCACCAAACGCAAAAAAGGGCAAAAACUUCGUCGACGACAAAGAGAGCAUGAAUGCCAUUAUGGCACUGGUCAUGGCGGAGAAGGAGGGCAACAUUGAGAGUAAGAUGAUGCGUGCGCGACAAAUGGAGGAAGUGCGCGAAGCACGACGUUUGGAGAUGGAGAAGCGGGCUGAGGGAAAGCGCGAGGGUCUAGAGGAGCGCAAACAGAACAUUAAGAAUGGCAGCAAGAAACGAAGACGUUCUGAGAGCGAGGUCGAGGUCACCAAGGAUAAAUCUGAAGAUGCGGAGCGAUCGCAAAAUUCGAAAAGAAAGCGGGUGAGCUUUGGUUGAAGCUCUUCUACGGGAGUGUGCUAUUGAACGAAAAUCUCCGCAUCACAAUAGUGAGGAUGCUCCGCCACAGUCAAUCACUCCUUCGAAACCACAUGCAAAGGACGGCGCAUGGGCUGGUAGACGAACGGCGCCUCGAAGCCACCAUGAGGGCCCUUGUGCUCCUCAGGUGCUUCAAUUUUGCUGAAGUCGACCUGUUUCCACAUGGCAUUGAGGAAAGCCAUAGUCUGACACGGAAA